AUGCUCGCAAAGAAAGUUAUCAUCGUCCUGCAAGCGAUCGCCAUUGCAGUGGCCCAAUCACCGGCAACAUUAAAUGACGAUACUGAGAUUUGGGUAGACGUAGAAGACUAUAUCUUUGAGAAUCGUCGUCAAUACAAUGCUACACUUCAAAGCUAUUUGGACCAAAUAAAUGGCGUGAAGAAUAGCCUGGAGGAUCAGUUGAAGGUGAUUGAAAAGGAAAAGGUGGUUUUGCUCAACACAAUACAAGAAACGUACGAAAAGAUCCGUCCCUUGGAGGUGCUCAGUUUGCCAACGAGAUAUUGCGUGCAACAAUACCGUGAAGAGCUUCCAUAUGCCGAUAUUAUUAAAGCGAAUAUUGAAAGUUGCAUCACCAGCGCACGCAGCUACUCGAACAGCAUCGUCAGCACGCCCAAUACUUAUUACAGUCAGCUGAAUAACUACUACAAUAGCAACCUGAAAACUAGUCUAAACAAUUGCGCAAAAUCACACAGUAAUCCCUCGUUAAAUUAUACACUUUGCGUCACAUCAGUGAUUUCCCAGGCCAACAUUGACACCAUUAACAAUCGCAAUAAUUUCGCAGCAGCUAUAGAAUCAUCAGAAUGUAGUUUAAAUAGUCGCGUCGAUAUUGCGGUGAGCUGCUUGUACUUGCAGUUCCGCUCGGCUUUAACGUCGAUCGGCGCUGCCACUCGCCUAAUCCAUGAAUGCAUUAACGAUUACUUGGAACCAGACAAUAAUAAUAAUAACGGUACGACAUCCCAUGGUUGUCCGAAUGUUGUCUAUUUGGAGGCGAAUGAUGCCAGCUCACUAAAUGUGACUUUAGCAAAUCAGUUACAAGCUAGAAGUCUGACUUGCUUGGAAAUAAGAUUUGUGUAAACAAGUGUAUGAUCUUGAAAAACGUUACCACUAAGAAACUUGCGCUGGA